CCUAUAAACGUACAUAUCAUACAAGAAUGUCUGGGUCUGAAUCUAGCUGCAUCCACAACACCACAACAACGUCGGAGCCGCCACCUUCACGACGACAUCGUUCAAGAGCGUUGCUCUAUAUCAUCUUUGCCGUCUCACUGAUCUUCAAUGUUGUUUUAUCUGUCACCUUCGGCAUCCACACGCUGAAGCCAAGAUUGUCUCACCAAAGGAACACGGACGCAUCUUCUGUUCAGCCUGACCAUGUGGGGUCAAAUGCUGAUGUGUGUUUUACUUGUGGUCAGCUGGGUCCACUGGUCGAAUCUCAGGACACUCCCUAUGACGUCAUUCGAACCUCUGCGCAUCAUUUAUGCUGUCAAAGAAAGACGUCACAGAAAUGUUCAAGAAGGGUCGGACCAAUUGGACCCUCAUGCCAUAAAGACGGGCAACCGUGACGUCAUUCACUCAGGAUCCACAGGGGCACAUCUAGUCAUGGUUCCAAUCAAAGGGUCGCCGCCAGCAUGGACAGCCCACGAUGACUACCACGUGACCUUCUGUGCCAAUGUCGCAUGCGAUAACGGAACGAUCUGGGUACGAGACGCUGGGAUCUACCUCGUGUACUCGCACAUCACACUUAACGUGACACGUGGCUCCACAUACACCAUCUUCACACACAGAAUGCACCUUACCAGACGGAACAUGCCUCCUAAACAGCUUCUGAUGAGUAAGACCUCAUUCACACGAACAGCAUCUCCAAAGCGAAACUCUUUUCUCUCCGCCGUUUUGAAACUCGAAGAACGCGAUGCCAUCGGCGUCUAUAUACCUGAUCAAAACACUGAUCUGGUCGAGAAGGGUGGGUUUUCAAACUUCAUGGGUAUAUUCAAAUUGUGA